UUCCUCUCUGGUUGCCCAGGAGGCCUCUCCAGGAGCCUCUCCUGAAGUGAUGCCUUUAUCCAAGGCCACAGAAGCUCCUGCAGUCAGAGGUGCACGUGGCCUGUGCCCUGGAAUUUCCAACCACUAGUGUAACUUCCAAAAACUAAGGACCAAAUUGGACUUGGUUCCUUCUGCAAACGAGGGCAGCUGCAGACCCACAGUGAGGUGGGAAGGGCCCAACUUGGAAGCUGUAUGUGAAGCAAUUCCUCUCCUCCUGCCUCAGUUUCCCUUCCUUGUAAAAUUAAGGAAUACGGGGUGGAAUGCUGGAACACAGGAGAGGUUAACUCAUUCUUGCAGGAGAUAAGGAGAAGCCAAGCAUUCAGUGCUCCAUGAGGGUGAUUCCGUGUCUCCAAACUCUGUCCUUCCCCACCUUAAACGUUUCAUCUGCAGAUCUUUCCAGCUCUGCCCUGGGCUGUGCAGCCCUUGCCCCAGUUCUCCCAAAUUUCGGAUUGCACAAGCCUGGCUGAGGGCUGAGGGCAUUGUCCAGAGCUCCCUACCCCCAUCCCUCACCCCAUGUUUGCUUUCUGUUUCCACAGCAGGAUUUGUUCACCUGCAGGAAAACAAGGCACAGCCCCCCAUGGGAGGGACUCCAGCCCCUCCUUCCUGGAGCAGCUGCUGCUUUCCCACUCUUUUUUGGGACAGAAAAGCCUGACUGUUGCACCAGGCGGAGGGUGAAGGUCGGGGCUGUGCUGACAUUGGACACUGGCCAUCCAAGGAGGGGAAAAGUCGGAGCUGUGGCCAGUGGCAAAGGGCACAGUGUGAUGCCAGAGCCGAGCCCUCCCUCUGCUCCAUCUUUCCCGUGUCCUGCUCCCUGUCCAGGUGCAGCUUCUUCCUCACCUUUGCCCUCAGAGGAGUGUGACCACCGUGUGUUCCCAUCCCCUUGCUUAACACUUGGACUUGAUGACCUUAAAGGCCCUUUCCACUCUAAAUAAAAGAUCCUAUGACUUGGCAGGGCUGUCACCCUUCCCCAGGGACUGCAGGAUCGUGCUCGGAUCCCAGCACUCCACUGCAGGACCUUCACCCGGGCUGGAGAGAUGUGCCGAGUCCAGCUGAAGCCCCCGGGGGUGUGAGGAAGGCAAAGGCAGCACGGCACGAUGCCUGUGGCAGAGCGGGUCCUCCUCCGCCCGGUCACCAUGGGGCUGCUCCUGCACAGCCUCCUCCUCCUCCUCCUCCUCCUCCUGGGCUGCUGCCUCCGCCCGGCCACCGCCUUUCCCAAGGGCUGCUACCCCUCGGAGGAGGAGGGGCUGAAGACCUUCCGCUGCAGCAACGCUCGGCUGACCGAGAUCCCCAGAGACAUCCCCAACGACACCAACAAGCUCUACCUGGACUCCAACCGAAUCCCCUUCCUGCCCCGCGACGCCUUCCGGGACCUGCCGCUCCUGCUGGAGCUGGACCUGUCCCACAACGCCAUCGCCGGCGUGGAGAGCGGGGCUUUCCGGGGCCUGGCAGAGCACCUGCACUCCCUGGACUUGUCUUCCAACAGGCUGGUGUCGGUCAGCAAAGACGCCUUCAGCAACCUGAAGGCCAAGGUGAACCUGUCCAACAACCCGUGGCUGUGCGACUGCCGGCUGCAGGAGCUGAUCCGCACCGUGGAGCUGGUGGCCGGCUCCUCGGGCGGCAUCGUCUGCGACUCCGCGGCGCAGGAGGAGCACGUGGGCAAAGCCUUCCUGCAGGUCAUCGCCGACACGGACUUCUGCAACGUGUACAAGAAGACCACGGACAUCGCCAUGCUGGUCACCAUGUUCGGCUGGUUCGCCAUGGUGAUCUCCUACCUGGUGUACUACGUGCGGCAGAACCAGGAGGACGCCCGGAGGCACCUGGAGUACCUCAAGUCGCUGCCCAGCAAACAGCGGCGCUCGGAGGAGUCGUCCACCAUCAGCACUGUGGUGUGAGCACCGGCAUCCUGCGGGACACGGGGACGCACAGGGCUGGGGAACAGCCGCUCCAGGGGCUCCUCGCGGCUGCAGGAGCUGUCACAGCCACUGGUGUCGCACAGAAAUACUCAUGGAUUUGCCCCGUUCUCCUCCUGGCAGCGGGAGCCGUGGCCAGUGAGUCCCUGGCUCUGGUGGCUGUGGCCAGGGAUGGAUAUCAGCCGUGAGCACGGAGCAUCCACAGUGUCCUCCCGUGUUAUGGAGGACCUGGAGCAUCUUUCUGGCAUGUGGCCGUUGCUCCGACCGAGCUGGACAUUCGGACCUCAUGUAAAACUUUUAUAUUUCCUUCGCAGAGAUCCCUUGGGGCAUUAACGGAAUCAGUGUUUCCAUCCCUCACGGGCUGGCCUGGGCCUGGCUCCCUGCUGGGAGGGCAGUGGGAAGGAGCAGGAGGGCUGUGAGGGCAGUGCCCUGCUGGGUCACCGACCCCAGGGGGUCACGGGCUGUGACUGCAGCCAGUGGGACCAAAGGAUGGGACAGGAACUGGGGACACCCCGGCUGGGAGAGGCCAGAGGCAGCUCCAGCUCCAGCUCUUGUGUGGGUUGUGCCACCCCAUCUCCCAUUUCGGCCUCUGCUGCUCCCUGCUCCCUUCCCAGCACCCCCAGGCCAGGUGGGGCGAGGGGUGUGGGGGUCCCCACCCAGAGAAGGGGUCACUGGUGGGCGAACCCAGAGCCUUCCCCCUUGGAGUGUGGGGAAUAAGAACUAAAUG